UGACGCUCAGCUGCGUGGCCGAAGCAUCCUCAGACCAAGAGCCCAAGACCUCUCCAGGUUCCUGUGUUUAUUUCACGACGGGACUGCUGGCAGACAUUAAAACAACUGGGGGUUCAGCUCGACUCUCAUAUGCGGUCUCCAAAACCAAGACGACGGUGCUGCAUCUGUCCUACCAAGUGCCAUGGCUAGAAAAACGGACGUCCCCUCGCCUUACUAUGGUGAACCAUGCAAGUUUGACCCAAACUUCAGAGGGCCUGUUCAGAAAAGGAGCUGCACUGAUGUGGUUUGCUGUAUUAUCUUCGUCAUUGUCAUCCUCGGCUACAUCGUGCUCGGUACCGUGGCCUGGAUCCAUGGUGACCCCAGGAAGGUCAUCUAUCUAACCGACAGCCACGGACAGUUUUGUGGCCAGCAGAACACUCCCAAUGCAAACAAAGCCAUAUUAUUCCAUUUCAACAUGCUGAAAUGUGCCAGUCCUGCAGUUUUAAUUAACCUCCAGUGCCCUACAACCCAGCUCUGUGUCUCCAAGUGUCCUGACAGAUUUUCAACUCUCCUGGAUGCAAGGAAUACCAAAACCUGGGACUAUUACAAGCAGUUCUGCAAGCCGGGCUUUGAGAUUGGCAGUAAGUCAGUUGCAGAUGUCAUUCGAGAUGAGGACUGCCCAUCUAUGAUUGUGCCAAGUCGACCUUUCCUACAGCGGUGCUUCCCCGAUUUCAUUAGCAGAAAUGGAAAUCUGACUGUAGCCAAUCAGACCUUCUUCAAAGAUGGUGACAAUAAGCAGAGGAGUAUCAACGACCUCAAAGAAGCUGCCAAGGGUACCAACACUGCACCCAGAGAGUUCUGGACAGAUAUUGCAGGAGGUAUUGCCAAUCUGCUGAAUGCCAAAGAGGUUGGCAUGAAGAUCUUUGAAGAUUAUGCAAAUUCAUGGAUCUGGAUUCUCAUAGGUCUGGUAAUAACCAUGGUAGUCAGCCUGAUAUUUAUCCUGCUGCUGCGCUUCACUGCUGGUAUUCUACUGUGGCUCAUCAUCGUUGGUGUCAUCAUUGCAGUCGGCUAUGGUAUCUGGCACUGUUACUGGGAGUACAGUAGUCUGAAAGGGAAGCCAGGUUCUGUCGCCACCAUCACUGACAUUGGCUUCCAUGCAGACUUCAGCAUCUACCUUCAGCGUAGCCAGACGUGGCUCAUCUUCAUGAUCUUGCUCUCUGUGAUUGAGGCAGUCAUUGUGAUUAUGCUGGUAUUUCUGAGGUUGAGGCUGCGCGUCGCUAUUGCACUGCUGAAGGAGGGAAGCAAGGCCAUCAGCUACAUCAUGUCCACUCUCUUCUACCCUGUCAUCACCUUUUUCCUCCUGGCCAUCUGCAUUUCCUACUGGGCUGUCAUAGCAGUUUUCUUAGCAUCAUCUGGUAGUGCGGUCUACAAGGUCACACCUGCUGACGAUCACUGCAUGUAUGCAAACCUCACAUGUAAUCCCGAGACCUUCAGUAACACCAACAUUACCAAAGUGUGCCCGGGGUCACAGUGCAUGUUCGCCUUCUACGGUGGGGAGAGUUUGUAUCACCGCUACAUCUUAGUCCUUCACCUGUGUAACCUUUUCGCGUUCCUCUGGCUGGUCAACUUUACCAUCGCGCUGGGCCAGUGCACCCUGGCCGGGGCCUUCGCCUCCUACUACUGGGCCCUGAAGAAGCCAAACGAUAUACCUGCCUGCCCCCUCUACUCCUCAUUUAGCAGAGCUAUACGUUAUCACACAGGUUCUUUAGCCUUUGGGUCUCUGAUCCUUGCUGUGGUGCAGAUGGUCCGCAUUGUUCUUGAGUACCUGGACCACAAACUGAAAGGUUGUCAUAAUGCCCCCGCUCGCUUUUUCCUUUGCUGCCUCAAAUGCUGCUUCUGGUGCCUGGAACAUUUCAUCAAGUUUAUAAACAGAAAUGCAUACAUUAUGAUAGCAAUAUAUGGAAAGAACUUCUGCACAUCUUCCAAGGACGCGUUCUUCCUCUUGAUGAGGAAUGUUGUGCGGGUGGCUGUCCUGGACAAGGUGACAGACUUUCUGCUGUUCUUGGGAAAACUGCUUAUUUCAGGAAGCGUCGGUGUUCUCGCAUUUUUCUUCUUCUCGCGUAAAAUACCAUUUUUUCAAGAGGAGGUGCCAUCACUAAAUUACUUCUGGGUGCCCCUUGUGACUGUCGUAUUUGGAUCCUACAUGAUAGCGCAUGGCUUCUUUAACGUCUAUGCCAUGUGUGUGGACACGUUGUUCCUGUGCUUUUUGUGGGACCUGGAGGUGAACGACGGCUCACCGCGCCGGCCCUUCUACAUGAACAAAACCUUGAGGAAGAUCCUCAACAAGAGGAACCAUAAGCGCUAGAGACAAGACGAGAGAUGAGCAAAGGACAAAGACUGAAGCCGAAGCAGGGUACAAACUAAUGUGGAAAGAAAAAAACGUGCCAAAUGUAAUGUUAGUGUACGUUCCAAGUAGCAACUGUACACUAUAACAUACCAACUGUAGAUAAGUGAUUUUAUAGAAGAGUCACACUGAGUUACUGUAAAUAGUAAUUUGUAUAAUGUACUGUUACAACCUCAGCCACGGUCAUUCUACACAUUUAGUUCCUAUUGGAACAAGUUAUUUAUUAUGGGGACUGUGGUGACCUCAGCUUUUAUUGUUCUUUUUAAUGUCCUGUAGUUGCCGAAGUUCACCACUUGGUGGUGCCAGGCAUCACCAGAUGUGCUGCGGGGUUGAGGUGUGAACACCCGCGGGGUUUUUAUCCAUGAAAUGGCCAAACAUCAGUUUACUUGUGUCUUAUCACGGUUUUUGACCUAAGUGUCUCACAUUGAGAAACAUAUGCACCACUCAGUGUUCACUGUUUUCAUAUUUAACCGGCAAGGACAUAAUGACAUGGCAGUUCAGAGUGCGUCACUCUUAAGUGCUUUUUUCUUAGGAUUGCCAUGACUGUCUAUAUAAUGUGUACAUAUAUAUAUAGUGUGUGUAUGUAUGUAUAUAAAUGUAUGUGUAUGUGUGUGUGUUUUUUUGUUUUUUUUUAAAGGGAUGUUUCCCAGCCAGAAAUUUAUAUUUUUUUUCUCUAUAUGCAAAACCUUAGAGAUGUGCUCAUUCUUUCCUCUUUUAACUUGCUGCUGAUAUGAACAUAUGUAUCUGUGACUCUGAGGGCAAUGCAGUGAGACUGAUGACAGUUAUUCUAACCAUUACAUAGCAUAAGACUGAAAAGCAAUAAUAAUAGUUAGUGAAAGGCUAUGAGACACAGGUAAAGUAGAUUUUUCUCUCCAAGUCAAAAUUCAGGGAAUAAAGACGCCAAUGCAGUGUUUUGCUUUUAGUGCACUUUUUGUUAUGGAUUUUUAGUUAUGGGUGAGAUGAAUGAGCGGCGCAGCUGUUGACAGAUUCACACUGUGUCCUUGUAUUCUCCCGACACCAGACCUUCAGUGAGGUUUCUUGGAUGACGUCGGGAGAUGCUCACCGUUAGAUCUUGUAGGAUCUGACUCAUGCUUGCGAGUCUUUGUGCUGUGUUUGUUGGCCCUGACAGCCUGCCCUCAUGGUGCCUUUGAGUGACAGCACCUCCAGACUCACACACCCCCUGUCCCCAUUUGAGCUGAGCGUGCCCGAACACGCGCGACGUAACCAUUCAGUAAAAGCAAAACAACUCAGCUUGUGUAUAUGAAAGAAGGCAAACGAUGCAUGUAGUGUGCAGUAGGGCAUAUUAUUACACAUGUGGCGUGUUGUUGUCUUUUUUUAAUUCUGAAUAACUGCAAUACUGGCAGUGUAAUUUUACUAUUUUUUGCCCAUGUAGCUCAGAUUUGGUUUCAUUCCCACCGGGGUGAAUACCUAAGAUCUGAUAAGUGAAGUAAAAGCAGUGUUUUUAUAUGCCUUCUCCUCCCUCCCAUGUCUGGAAAUUAGAUUCUUUUGGCCAACCACAGUCAACAAGUAGAUACAAGUUAAACUCUCUCUUCAUAUAAAGUGAAUCCCACUGUACAGAUGCGGUGCUCUAACCUGUCGACAGAAAGAUGAGCAAUACUUAAACUGUUAUACUUAUUGUGUCUCAUUUGUCAAGAGAUUCGACAGCAUAAUUACAUGUCAUAUAUUUGUUCGUGCAGUUAAUGUUGCAUGUGUUGUUUAAUAUAAAAUAUUACCGGUGUGUGUACCGUCGUCGGUCAGAUAUAAAUGUGUUUUGUUACUCCUGCUUUUAUUAAUAAAAAACUCUACUAUG